AUGACUGGUACCAGUCUCUUCUCCCGCGCUCACAAGCCGAGAGGGUCUCCGCCCAAGAAGAUGCGCGGCUUCCUCGCCUUACCCGGUGAGAUCAGAAACCAAAUAUACGGUUACUACUUCGACUCGGAGCGUCGCUGUGAGAUCGCCAGCAAAGGAUCCAAAUUCACGCAGCGGAAGCCACAGACUGUCAAGUUGUCAUCAAAUGUAAUCGCUACAAAUAGCACGACUCCUGCGCCUGAUCCUGAGAUGAACGCGACUCCUCCUGUUGUGAUUCGCUUCUCGAGAUCACUUGGCAAAUACAAAGCUGUUCAGGGCCUGCGAACGAACUGGCCAGGCUCGCUAUGUGCGCUAAGUCUUGUUUGCAAGCAAGUCUACGCAGAGACAGUGAAGUUGCUCUACCAAAACACGACUUUCGUCUUCGAUGCGCCAAAGCGGAUGACAAACUUCUUCAAAUAUGCCUCGUCCAUUCACUUGGGAAGCAUCACCAGGUUGCAUCUACACUACAGCACUUAUGGAAAUCCAAACAAGACCGUGGACGUGGUUUGGCAAGAGAAACAUCAUCAAAGUUGGUGA